GGCUCAUAGAGGUACUUGACGAUCGCACUGCGCUCGUUCAGAACACUGUCAAUCGAGUGGGCGAUUUUUUGCGAAGAUGCAUCGUUUAGAGGCACGCGAUCAUCUGGAGAAGCUCCGCGGGCCUGACUCAACCUGCUACCGACAUUAGCGCAAGGUACGUUCGCUCCACCAUAUGCGCCCUAUGCCACUCGAAGUCAUUAUAUGAUCUGGCCGGCUGCACGAACGGAGAGAAGAAACUCGUCUCUCAAGGUCUCGAGUAUCGUCGCUUCCAUACUUCUUCCAUCGCAUCAAUAUUCACCAUGGUCAAGAUCACAGAGUUCGCAGUUGAGUCUUGGAUGGACGCCUAUGAGCAUCACUGCAAAUACAACAUUGCAGAAACAUGCUGCGCCUCCGUCUCGAUCGAUCAGCUGCGCGAAUUGUCCGAGGACAAGACAACAGAGGUCUUGAAGACAGAUCGAGUACUCACUUAUGGCGCUAUCCGAGGCGCCGAAGACCUGAGGAACAACCUGGCUCGACUAUACUCAGCCAAGGUCACUUCACCUCUCAGCCCGGACAACAUCCUCACUACUCCUGGUGCUAUUCAGGCGAACUACCUGACCGCGUACUCCCUGGUUGGCGAAGGCGAUCAUGUCAUCUGCCAAUUCCCCACCUACCAGUCGUUGUACGAUGUACCGAAGUCGCUGGGUGCAGAGGUCGAUCUCUGGAAGGCUCAGCCAGAAAAGAGCUGGAUACCAGACUUGGAAGAACUCAAGUCACUCAUCAAGCCCAACACAAAGCUGAUCGUCAUAAAUAAUCCCAACAACCCCACUGGAGCCGUUCUGGGUAAGACCUUCCUCGAGCAACUUGUGGAAGUUGCCAAGGAGAAAGAAAUUACCAUCCUCGGCGACGAAGUCUACCGACCUAUCUUCCACUCUAUCAGCCCAAUCGACAAGGACUUCCCUCCGUCACUACUUUCUAUGGGCUAUAAGAACGUCAUUGUAACAGGCUCCAUGUCCAAAGCAUACUCGCUGGCUGGUAUUCGCGUAGGUUGGAUCGCAUCACGCAACUCCGAGAUUAUUGAGAAGAUCGCCUCAGCACGGCACUACACAACGAUUUCCGUGUCUGGACUCGACGAACAGGUGGCAGCAUAUGCCCUCAGCCCAGCCACUGUACACGGUCUGCUAGCUCGCAACAUUCAGCUUGCAAAAACGAAUCUAGCGCUUCUUGAGAAGUUUGUGAUCAAGAACGAGGAUGAGUGCGAGUGGGUCAAGCCCGUAGCUGGAACCACAGCGUUCAUCAAGUUCCACAGAGACGGCAAGCCGGUGGAUUCAGUGGACUUUUGCAAGAAGCUGCUCGAGAAGACGGGUGUGUUAUUCGUACCUGGCUCACAAAGCUUUGGUGAGGAGUUCAAGGGCUACGUGAGGGUUGGGUUCGUGAACCAGACGGACGUCAUACAAAAGGGUCUUGAAGAGGCGUCGAAAUUCGUCAGGAAGAACAUCGAUGAUGUAGGCCUUGCGGAGUAGUGCUGCGCAGAUAUACAAAAUGAAAAAAAAUUCAAACAAGG